AUGAGCAGCGACAUAGCGCGGUUGACUCCAACGGAGUUCAGCGAUACCAUCGCACGGCUCAACCAGAUGAAGGUAGCAGAAAUCAAGGAUAUCUUGCGACUGCUAGACUUCAAGCUUACAGGGCGUCGACACGAGGUGAUAGCGCGGAUUGAAGACUACUUCAAGCAUGGGAUCGAGUUGCAAGAUCCAGUAAGGCUUUUGGCCGUAAGAGUCCUCAUUCUCAUGAGAGGGGAGGGCCGUCAGCUUCCUAUCUAUAAGGACUUGUAUCGUAAGAUAUCGAAGGGAGAGUUUGUUCCCGGACAGAUGAACAACUUUGCUACUAUGAUGAGCAGUAGUGGACGUAAUGUGACACGUCAGAAUGGUAAUGUUAAUGCUACAAAUCAAAAUUCGAAUUCGUCUCGUUCACAUUCAAACCAUCUGGGCUCAGAUUCUAAUCAUAAUCAGUAUGGAGUCAACGAGUCAUCACCGUAUCGCCGUCACGCGCUUUACUUCGCCGAUAACCCCUUCUAUAAGCUUCGAAGACUCAUUCACGGUUCACCGCAGCCCUGUUUUCCCCAAUCUGGGAGAGGAACAUGUGAUAUUGCAUUCCUGUUGCUGGACAGCGAAUCAAGUCUUCUAGCUCUGGACAGCACCAUUAAGGCGUACGUGCUCUGUGGCGUCCAGGCAAACUCUCUGCCAGCUCUGACGGAUGUUGCAGUGCAUUUUCCACAACCUUGUGAACUCCACGUAAAUGGAUCUCAAGUUCAGCAUUUCCGGGGGAUCAAGAAUAAGAUAGGAACUUCGAAACCAGCCGAUAUAACUAACCAUCUUCGUGCGCGUCCCGCACUCAAUAAGAUCCAGUUCGUCUACACCAGAACGACCGAGACCUUCUUGCUUUAUGUCUAUAUCGUCCAGACUGUGUCUAUUCAAGAGAUCCUACAGGGCAUUUUGAAUAGACCUAUGAUCCACAAGAACUCGACUCGUGAUAGAAUACGAGCCCAGAAUGACGACGACGAUAUUGUAGUUUCCGACAUUUCUGUAACGCUCAGAGACCCCGUGUCAUACACAAGGAUGAAGUAUCCCGUGCAAUCUGUCUAUUGCGACCAUACACAGUGCUUUGAUGCGUUGAUUUUCCUCCAGUCUCAGGCACAGAUUCCUACAUGGAGCUGCCCUUACUGUCAACGCAAUGUGAAGGUGGACGAUCUUGCCAUAUCUGAGUACUUCACAGACAUAUUGAACACAGUGCUGGCAGAUGUGGAACAAGUUCUCAUACAUUCCGAUGGCUCGUGGUCACUAGAAGGCUCUGCAACUCCUGCUCCAAGGCUGAAUACUCCGGCAAGGUCCCCUUCCAGCUCUCCAAGAGUUGUAACAAAAAUUGAAGAGGAUGCCAAUUCUAGUAUUCCUCCAGAUGUAGAAAUAGUCCUGUUAGAUAGUGAAUCCGAAAGCGAACUGGAAAUUCCUCUUUCCAACAUUCCUCGUCGUCAUCACCCCCAAGCCAUAUCAAGGGAUCUGUCAACUUCACCUAUACAAAGAGAUGACUCUCCGCAAAUUUCAGAGACUACACGUCCUUUGGCACUUGUAAAUCCUCCAGAAGCAACGGUACAACCUCAACAUGUUUCUAUGGAUGUUAAUGACAUUUCUGGUGUCGGUAAUUCAGUUCCUCCUGUUCGAACAGUUCCAACAGCUAGUGAUGUUUCUGUUGCUAGUGGGAUUGCCAUCGGUAGUAUAGUUACUCCGGCCUCUACAUCGGCUUCACAAGUUCCGACUGCAAUUGCUCCGUCACCACCACCACCUCCUCCUCCUCCUCCUCCUCCACCACCACCACCACCGAGCAGUCACCUACAAGAAACAAGUGCAUCUAAUUAUAUAGCUACUCAACUACCUCUACCUUCUGUGUUAUCUCAAUCACAAUCUACAUCUUCUGAACUGCCUCUAGUACCUCCUCCACUUCAACCUCCUAGAGAGCAUCCACAAUCCAAUAUUCAUAAAUCACAUUCGCAUUCAAAUACUCCAUCAGCUUCAAAUCAUCUAGUUAAGCUUGACAGCCAUCCAUUUAAAGACAAAAACGUCUCAGCUACUGCCUUUUCUUCCACAAUACCUUCGACUACUGAUGAUUCACACAUGGAAAUCGACAGUGACACUCCAAUAUCUUCUAUCCAUGCUCCGACCCAAUCAUCAUCUCACUUAUCUUCGCAGAUACCUUUGCACUCAACCACAAACCCCACAACUCAGCCUUUGACUGAGGAACCUCCACAUUUGUCGCUGACAACACCUGUGAAAAGACCAACUGGUGCUAGAUCAAAACCUACGCCUAACAUUUUCAUCACCUCACAUUCAAGAUUGAACAAUAGACCCAUUUAUCGUCCCAAACCAGCGACUGGUAAAAGACCUCUACAGGAGGCAAAUAUACGCGUGGAUAACAAUUUGCGAAUUCUAACUGCUCGCAAUCCAGCCAUUCUGGCUCGGAGUGAGAAUGCUUCAAGCCCAAGUAUCUCUGCUUCUAAGAAGACAAGAACUGAAAAUUCAUCUUCUGAAAUGUCCUCUGAAAGGACCACCGUCGAAGUGUCAGCUUCUUCAUCCUCUGAGAAGUCAAGCUCUGAAAGUUCAUUAGAAAAGUCACAUCCACCACCACCACCACCACCACCUCCUCCUCCUCCUCCUCCAGUAAGUGAUAAUUCUACUAAUAAUUCAAAUCAGAGUGAACAUACCUCUUCAACUGAAAAUUCACAAACUCAAGAUCAACCAGCAAUUGAAAAUCAUAGUCAGAAUAACAAUUCUGCUGUGGAACAUAGUCAUGCUGUUGGAAUGACCAUUCUGAAUGAAAGAUCUUCUGAGAACCAAAAAUCAGUUGAGGAGCUUCCUGUUAACACGAUACCAUCCGGAAGACCUUCUACCACAAUAGAUCUGCAAGUUCGUUCUGCACAUGUAACCUCUGAGUCUUUCAAGAGCCAGCAUAUCUCACUAGCUAAAAGUAUAAAUGUCGUUGCGACUGCAGCAAACGUUACUUCUUCUACUUCAUCCACUGCUCAGAAAGCUAGUGAAACCAACGGAACAGGCAAGGAAUUAACUUUGGCUGGUGAUACUUUCAUUGGUGAUAGUCAAAAGGAAGUCACGGCCAAGAAGAAUGCAAAUACUAGCGCUGUAAUUUUGUCUCUCCCAUCUCCGAUCAACUCCAGUACUCUGCAUGCAGAUGGUGUGGAAGACAAGAAUGGUAUUCAUAGUGCAGUUAUUGGUAGAUCAGCUGAAAGUACUCUUCGACCCACUGAAAAUUUGCCGAUGGCCUCCAGUCCUUCAAAUAAUGGAACUGGAAUCAGAGCGGACAUUGUACAACAUUCAAAAACUACUUCUCCUUUAUCUGCAUUGGAAGUCAAUAAUGAUAAUAGUACUAUUACACCGGAUUUAUGCAUUGAUAAGAUUAGACCAGGUGUAACUUCUCAUUCUGAAGCUCCUCUGGCAGACAAACUAAGACAUCUGGUUGCAAGAAUGAUCGAAAUUGAGCAGCAACUUCAAGGUGUACGGAAUGUGCGCAAUCAACAGUGCGCAGACAGCCGAGAACAUAUUAUUUCAUACAAUGACUACUUACAGGAAUCUGCUAAUGCGAUAUUGCAACUUAAAGAUUUGAUGACACAACUAGAGCAGCAGUCUCGUAUUCAAACACAUCAGUUGGUGGCGUUACAAGAUGAACAAUUACAAGAAAAGGGAAAUCUUGAAAUGAAAAUUGCUGCCUCCCUUCUCAAUUCCCCCGAGAAGGAAAGCAGAGUUAGUUAUCCAGAUAUUUUCCGGAAAGCUUUGGAAGAUCAGGAGAAGAAUCGAAGUCAAAGAAAAAGACACGAGUUUGAUGUGCAAAGACAGGCACUUGUUGAAAGGCAUAGAUUGCAAUUGAAAACACUUCAGGAAAGACAACAACAAGAAAAAGACAUCUUGUCGGAGCAGGUUCGUCGUCUUGUGGUAGAAGUUGAUCUGAGAAAACUGUUGAGUGUGGGCAAUGUCUUCUCCCAUGUCUUAGACUUGCCUGAAUUCCAACAACUUAAAGCACACAUAAAGAGUAUGACUCCAUUUGCAGCUAGUCCAUCAUUGAGUACCAACUAUGGCAGUGUAUCACUGGAAUCGGGAAUGCGAAGUAUUUCGUAUGCAAAUUUGGCACCAUCACAAAAAGGCAACAGUUUGAUAGCUCCAAAUUCAAACCAUGGGUAUCUGAUAUCUUUGAGUCCAGAUAUUAGAAGAGGACAUGAACAACAACAACUUCUGCAUAGUCAGAUUCAACAACAGAUUCUGCAACUUCAGCCUGAAAGCCGGCACGCUCGUCUACUGGAAGAACAACUUAAGCAAAGCAUGAAGCGUCAUGAUCCGUCAUUUGGCAGAUCUGUAGUAUCUACUCGUUAUGAACAACCUUUGCAUUCGUCACAAGCUGCAACAGUUUCACAAAGCCAAACACCUACACCUACACCUUCUUUGCAAAGGUAUGCUUCAAUGCCAACUGUCCAGUAUUCAAAGUCUGUAUUCGAUCGUGUAGCAGACAGAACGUCGUCAGCAUCAGAAUCACCAGCUUUGAAGAAGCAGCGUAUUACUGGAUUGUUGGGUAUAGAAUUGAACCAAGAUGCCAUCAGUUCCAACGUCACCGUCACAGAUCCAGUAUCACCUAUAAAUGGCAAGAUUGGACACAUGACCAUUAACUCACCGGUUUCAACAAGACAUUUGUCUAUUGGUAGCAGAAACUUCACUGCCAUUGAGAGUCCAAGAGAACCCGGAAAUAGAAGAGUUUCCGAUGGUUCUGUUCCGCCUCAGAUACAUGCUGGGGUUGCACGUAAUGUACCUGAAGGUUUCAUCACAGAAGUUUUCAGACAGAAAAACACUGAAUCCAAUAAGUCUACUUCAGCACCGACUGCUGCUAAUGUAGAUCAUAAGGCAGGGAUGGAAGUGAUAUCCCUCUUGUCUGACAGUGAAGAAGAGUAG